AUGUCUUGGGUGCGGGCGAACCCUAUCUUUUUUCUGGUGCUCGUCUUCUUGCUUGCAGGAGAUCUCGGGUCACACAUUUUCGCAGAUGCUAAUUAUAUAGAAUGCAACUACUGGUGGGAAAGACCAACGAAGGAUAAUGGUAAUAGAGAUCAAUGUGCUGUAAGCAAUGAUGGAGUCCCAACCUACUAUACGUGUAAGGGGUGCAAAAGGGGAGAUGGCAAAUCACCCUCUGCUGAUAACUGCAUCGACCCCCACGGCAGACCGUUGAGCACGACAGGAUCGUUCAACUGCGACGGAGGAGUCGAGAACAAUCCAGAGAGCAACUCAGUUCGACCAAUUAUUUGCUACCAUCUCGAGGCAGGAGUUCCGAUGACCUACCGUUGCAAGACCCGCCAUCUACAUCAGCGAUGCCCGACGGAGAGUUGUACCAAGAGAUAA